AUUUAUAGCCAGACGGAAUUAUUAACCUGCAUCUAAGGAUUCAGCGUUGCAAAGUCUUCCCGACAAAGAAUACAACAAUGAACACCACCAACUGCAGUGCUAGCUCGGCACCCCCAAAUGUCAGCAGCGGAACAGACCCGCUGGCCAUAAGCCAGACAGCCGCGGAUGCUGGACAGACCUCUCGCCGUAUCUUAGACAUCAUCUUUGAGUAUGCGCUUAACAAGUUCGACGAUUCGCGAGAGAGGCUGGAGGGAGGGACUCAGAACUUUCUAUCAGUCAUACAGAAGUUCGUUGCUGCGGGCACAAGGGUCGAAGCUUGUCUUCCCGCGUUCCCAUUCAAGUCUGCAAACAGGGUCUACAAGGUCCUUGGGACACUGCCAGAUAAGGCGGAAGAGCUUGCGCUCGAAAGGCUGAACAAUAUGUGCCUGCGCAUACAAGAGGUUUAUCCGCCAGGAGCUCGUGUCACGAUCAUUUCUGAUGGCAUUACUUACAACGAUCUCUUGUCAAUAUCUGACCGAGAUACCUGGGCUUACGGUCGAUGCUUGCGCGAUUUGGCUUCUAAGAAGAAGUUUGACAACAUUGCCUUCUCUAGAAUCAAGGAUCUUUUGGAUUUGCCCCUUCCGGAGAAAUUGACAGAAAUCAUGUACAUUGCAAAUUGCACAGCGUUUAGGCGAGAGCUCCUCAACAAAUAUGGUAAAGAUGAUCUCGACGUCGACGUCGAGAUCGCUAACAACCCUGAUACCAAGCUGACAUAUCUUGGAUACAAGAGAUUCCUCGAAUCUGACCUCAAAUACAUAUUUCCCCAAGGGCCAGAACGCGGAGCCAAUGAGUACAAAAGAGAUUGCAAAUACAUUGCAAAGCAGAUGCUAAUCAGAGGCUACGCUUUCGCCCAAGCGGUUAAACAUAACUAUCCAAAUCACUUGCGCCUGUCUAUCCAUGAGUCAGAGGCGGGCCUGAAGCUCUCGAUAUGUCUGCUCAACACCAAGACCGGCUUCACCACCCCAUGGCACUGCAGUGUAGCUCAGCUGACAGACGGAGAAUGGGUCAGUGCGCCAAUGGGCGAGUUUACCAAGGAUGAGAAAAUGGAGGUUGUCAUUGAAGACGGACGUCCCAUGUACUUCCGAGAGAGACCCUCAAGUCAUGAUGAGUUUGGUUCAACCGGAACUGCGACAAUGAACUACCUGCAGGAGGCUAAGCAGAUUAGCAUGAGCGGGUAUCUCAGCUCAGUGUCUACAUCACGGUCUGUCUCACCAGUAAUACCAUCACCGAAGGAUACUACAGCUUUCUCACCCGGGGAAGAUGCCGCGAGUAGCAGAGCAAGUACGCCAGAGACGCAUAGCCCGGUGACUUUGGCUACGGUGAACAUUUUGCCUGACGCUGCCGACGAGCAUGAGACCUCCCUCCAGGCGGAGAAGAGUAAGGGACAGGACAGUUCAUACGGUAGACGGCUCAUUCCUCAGAUCAUGGACGGCUUAGCGGCAAGGGACCCUGGGCGGAUCGUCUUCUCUCUGAUGACAGUAAGAGAUGGGACCCUUGAAUGUCUUCAUGUGUCUGCAAAGGUAUUCACGCGUGCGGUGGACAGGCUUGCUUGGUGGAUCAAAAGCCAGGUCGGCAUUAGCUCAUCGAAUAAACCAGUGGGAUACAUUGGGCCGCACGAUCUUCGACAUGUAUUGUUGACAUAUGCAUGCGUUAAAGCUGGACACUCUGCCUUGUUUCUAUCGCCAAAGAACAGCACUGAAGGGGCCUUGGCGGUUCUUGACGCCACCAAGUGCGAUGUAUGGGCUAAUGCCAGCGAAGUGCCUCUGACCCCUCUAGUAAAGCAGUUGUUGGAAAAGCGACAUAUGCGGCUCUUGGAGCUUCCUUUGUUGGACAACUUGCUGGAUGAUAAGCCGACAGACCCAUUUCCCUACACCAAGACAUUCGAAGAGGCCAAGGAUGAUCCGUUUUGCUAUCUCCACACGUCGGGCACAACUGGCGUGCCGAAGCCGAUACCUUGGUCUCAUGGCCUGAUUGGCACUAUGGACGCAGUGAGAUUACUGCCGCCGGUAGAAGGUGACAAUGGGCUGCUCCCGUGGACCUCGGACUGGAAGGCGGGUGACACGAUUUAUUCAAGCUUUCCAAUGAGCCAUGGGGCUGGUAUCAUCAUGGAUAUUCUCAUGCCGGCGUUGUUCGACCUGCAAUGUGUCUUGGGUCCAGUAGGAGUGUUGCCAAACAUCAACCUUAUCGAGAGUCUGGCAGAGAACAUUGACAUUGACAUCUGGAGCAUGGUUCCGUCUUUGGUUGAUGAAUUGGGCGAAACACCAGAAGUCCUAGCCAAGCUGCGAAAGUCCAAAUUUAUUUGCGCUUCUGGAGGGCCUGUUAGCCCGACCAGCGCCGGAAAGGUAAACGACGUUAUUAGGGUACUGAAUCUUACAGGAACAACGGAAGGCUUGUUUAUCGGUAACCUCGUUGUUCCGAGAGAAGACUGGUACUGGUUCUGCUUUCAUCCGUACUCUGGGUUUGAGUUUAAAGAGGUGGAAGAGGGUACGUAUGAGCACUGGGUGCAUCGUAACGAGCAUUGGCCACUUUUCCAGGGAAUAUUUCAGACAUUUCCAGACAAGGACUCUAUCAACUUCAAGGAUCUCUACAGAAGGCACCCGUCAAAGCCGGAUCUCUGGGCGUUCAAGGGUAGAAGUGAUGAUCUUGUGGUGUUGUCCAAUGGAUACAAAAUAUCACCGCUAGAGACCGAGGCUUCUAUAACAACCCAUCCGGCAAUCAUGGGCUGCCUCAUAUUUGGUACCGGAAAGCCACAAGCAGGAUUGCUUAUCGAGUUGAAGGACGGCUACGAGAAGACAGACGAGCUUCUCAAUAGCAUAUGGGAUACCGUCAAGCAGGCAAACUCACAAUCGAGGCACAAGGAUCAGCUACUGAGAGAUUUUGUCACUUUCUCUGAACCCGAUAAGCCAUUCGUGCGUACCGAUAAGGGUACUAUCAAGCGCCCAGCUACGCUGGCACUAUACGAAGAUUACAUCGAGCGCUUCUACGGCUCUCGAAGUGACGAGUCGGUCAGCUCGAUCGUUAUCGACACGACUUCUGCAGAUGCGAUACAAAAUGGCCUCGGGAUUAUUUAUGCUCCAGUCCUGCCUGAAAUUAAUAAAGCUGCGCCAACUGCCAACUUUUUUGAUCUUGGCCUAGACUCACUUGGAGUGUUUUCAAUUGUCAAGUCUAUAAGAGCUGCGACGAGCCUGGGAGAACAUCUCGCUCCGCGUCACAUCUAUGCCAACCCUAGUCUGGCGAGUCUAUCCAUCGCCAUCAAACGUCUUGCGGCGACCAUCAAGGCGGAGAUGUCAAAGGAUGCUGCUGCAGAGGAAGACGAGCUCCUUGUUAGAAUCACCCAAGAGGCUGCGCAGCACAAAGCUCGGCUGUCAUUUCCAUUGAAUGCACUUGACUAUGUCAACCCGAACCAUGGCAUGGGUCUCAUGUUCUACUUUCCGCUGCGUGACGGAGUUGCAUUUCAAGAUGUGUUUGAGAACCUUCAGCAUGGUCUCAACCGGACCUUUGACAUGAUACCCGCACUCGGCGGUAAGAUGAUGAAGCGUUCAGAACAAGAAAUUGGCUGCCUCAAGGACGACCUCUGUGUUACUAUCCCGCCAUUGUCGAUGGCUUCAUCUGCCCAUAACCGGCUUGUAUACAAGGAUCUAUCAGAUGUCCUUCCAGCUUUCGACGAGUUGAGAGAUGCAGGGUUUGUAACGUCGCUGUUUUCAGAUAGUCUCGUUCUGAGAGAUGAUCCUUUCCCAGUCUUCCCGGCAGACAUUUUCGUCGGGCAAGUCAACUUUGUGAAAGGUGGAUGUAUCGUCGCUGCUGAUCUUAAUCACUGUUGCUUGGACGGCGUUGGCGCCGUGAUAGCAAUAAAGGUGUGGGCAGAGAACUGCAGAUACCUACAGGGAGAUGCCUCGGCUACGUGUCAGUGGUAUGACCCGGAGAGCUUCAACCACAGCUUGCCAGAGAUAGUCCACAAGCAGGAAGGAUGGCCUAGCUCAAUGGACGAAGCUGAUCCAGCGGCAUGGGAUGUCUUGCCAUUCUUUCCUCCGGACAAAAGCCAAAAAAUCAAGGCUACCGUGGAUAAGGUUGCUGGAGAUAUUUCAGUUGAUGGACCUUUUCAGCCCGAAGUUCACCCUCGAUACGGAUUCCCCCUGCACAAUGUUUGGCCCUUGCCUCCUGCUGAGAGGUGCAUGACCACCACCAUGUUUCUCAUCACUGCUGAAAGGCUCGACAAGAUGAGAGACAGUGUGUCGUCCGAUAAGGCUGUCCCAGGACAAUAUCUAUCAAUGAGCGACAUCAUACAGGCCUUUUUCUGGCGGGCUGCCACCAGGGCACGUUACCGUGUAGCGAAAGAGAUUCGGAAAGAAACCUUCCACCCUGAGGCAAAGUCAAUUCUAGAACUCCCCACAGACGGUCGACCCUACUUUUCCUCUCAUCUACCCUCAACGUAUAUGGGCAGUAUGCUCGUUAUGAACCGCUUCAUUAUGGAUCUCGAAACACUCUGUUCCCCUGACACAAGCAUAGGCCGCAUCGCCUGGCUGCUCCGUCAGUCUAACGCGCGAAUCACCCCCUCACUUAUCCACGACGCAUUAACCAUCCUGCAAAAUUUGCCCGAGCAUAGCAGAUUCUCAACAGCUAACAUGGGCCUUGAUCACAUGAACGCUAUGAUCUCCAACAUGCUGCUUUUCCAGACCAGUGAGAUAUGUUUCGGUGAUAAAUAUUUUGCGAAUGGAGGAUCGCCAGAAUCGAUGCGCCCACAGGUUGAGAGAGGGAAUGGACGCUUCCGAUUUUUAAUUAUUCUGCCCAUGAGGAAGGAUGGAGGAGUGGAACUCAUGUUAGGGACACAUCCUGAGGAGCUGGCAAUGUUUAGAAAGGACGAGGAGUUUAUAAAGUAUGCUGAGAUGAUGGGCAAAGGGGCUUGACAGUCUUCGGUUUGGAUGUAUAUGUAACGAGACUUGAUAUAGAGUGUACCUAAUUAAACUGAAUCUCCCACAGGAUUGCACUGGUGCACAUUAGGUGUACCAGAGCCAAAUAUACUUGAGCUUGAGAAAAUAACGAAGGUAUAUUCAUCGCCAC